GAAGGGAUUAUUGCAUAUCCUUUAUUUUCCCGAUGCCCUAAUUAUCUCACAGUGAACACAUUGGCGGGAAAAUCGUCCAUCUUUGAACUCUUCCUCCGGCCAAUUCACUCACUGGAAAUCAAUGGAAGGCAGCGAAAGCGAAGCCAUAUUCGAAUCGCUGAAUGUGAAUCCCCAACUCUUCAUCAACGACGUCCUCAACACCGUCGACGAUCUUGUUCGCGACGCCUUCGAUUACUAUCUCCAGCAGGCAUCGAACGAGUUGAAAACUGAUGGUACUGACAGGUCUCAAGAUUUGACCAAGGGUGUUUAUUACAUCCACAGGAAGAUACAGUCGGUUUUGGAUGAGCGGCUUGCUAUGUGGGAACAAUACUGUCUUCACCACUGUUUUGGGGUUCCUGAAGGUUUUUCUUUACCCAAAAGUGACGAGUUACCCUGCAAUACUUCAAUGAUUCAAGAUGUGGUUCAUGAUUCAGAUCUUGAUGCAGAGUUGGACUCCUUAAGGAACAAGCUUGCAUCGAUUGCUGCAGAGUCUGCUAAACUAAAUAGCAAGCUACGGGAAUUGGAACAACAGUCCAAUUCAAAUGGUCAGUGUGCCAGACUUGUUAAUGAGGCAGUACAGUUAUAUGAGCAGAACUCUGUGCACGACAUGUUCCAAGAGAUGAUGAAAACUGCCUCAGAACUUCGUGUGAAGUUCGAGAAGAUAAAAGCUAAAAGGGUGGAAGAUGAAGAACAUGCCCGGGCAGAAAGGAUUUGCAAUCCUCACACUGAUGACUGUAGAAUGCAACCGGAGAAGGGGCUUGCUAAUGUGAGCUUGGAUAAUCUCCAAGAAUUUUUAGCUGAGUUGAAGAAGACGUGAACAUUAUGUAGUUACAGCUUAGUGCUUUGUUGCUUUCUGUAGUUAACUGUGUCCUAGCUCUGUGCUACCUUAUAGAAUGUAUCCACAUUAAUUUGUUUUAAUGCACUGUCAACCUUGUGCAUUUGUAGGUGUAUGGAUGGAAGUGUUGUAAGAUUGUCAGAUAAUAUGCAGUUUCUAUACAACUAAAUUGCCGCAACCUAA